AGCAUCUCGGGCACCAGAGCUGAACCUCAGCAGAGAUAGCAGCAAGCAGGCACUUCCACGCCGCGCAGGCUAACUCGCUUUCGGCUUUGGUUCGAGAUGGAGACACGUUGCACCGCGAGGAGAUUCAGCGCCCACAACAUGAAAAGUGGACUGUUACUCUGGUUGAUUCUGUGGCUGGUGGUGAUGAAGCCGGGCGGGGUGACGGCAUGCCCCAAACUAUGUGUGUGUUACCCCACGCCCAUGACGGUCAGCUGCCAGUCUCAGAACCUCACCAUAAUCCCGACCGGUGUACCCUAUGACUCACAGCGUGUUUUCCUGCAGAACAACCGCAUCACAGAGCUCCGUGCAGACUCUUUUGGCUUUGAGACACAAGUGCUGUGGCUGUAUGGCAACAAUAUCACAUGGAUUGAGGCAGGGGCCUUCAGUAACCUCAGGGUGCUAGAGGAGCUGGAUCUUGGCGAUAACCCCUCAUUACGGCACCUGGAAGGUGGAGCCUUCAGAGGCCUGGAGAAGCUGCAGAGCCUGCACAUGCAUCGCUGCAAGCUGGCAACUUUACCCCAUGAUCUCUUCCAUAAAUUGUACAGCCUCCAGUUUCUCUACCUGCAGGAAAAUCAGCUCCACUUUCUGCACGAUGACCUGUUCUCAGAUCUGGUCAACCUCACCCAUCUUUUCCUGCAUGGAAACCGAAUCCGUACCCUGUCUGAGAAUGUUUUCAGAGGCUUGGUCAACCUUGACCGCCUUCUUCUCCAUGACAACCGCAUCAGACAGGUGAAUCGCCGGGCUUUCCGUGACCUGGGGCGUCUGACCAUCCUUUACUUGUUCAACAACUCCCUGGCUGAGCUUCCAGGCCAGACCAUGAAAGAUGUCCAGGGCAUCCAGUUCCUCCGGCUCAAUUCCAACCCCUGGUCCUGUGGCUGUGAGGCGCGUCCUCUCUGGGAGUGGUUCCGCGAGGCCCGUAUCUCCUCCUCUGAGCUGAUGUGUACCUCACCCUCUCAACGUCGUGGCCAGGACCUCAGAUUCCUCCGGGAGCUGGACUUCGCCCUGUGCCCUCUACCCGACCCCGGCUCUCUGGCUGGAUCCACCACCACCACCUUCAGCACCAAGACUCGCUGGUGGUUCUCCAAACACAAGCCUGCAUCUUCAUCCAAGGCUUUGUACCAGAAAAGCUCAGAGACAGUGAAAGCCUUCCCCUUCACUGCCCCAAAGCCACAGUUCCCCCCCAAAGUUCCCUCUGAAUCUAUCCCCUCAAAGUAUGAAUUGUCUGAAGAUGAGGCAGCACUCCCUAAGCUCGACCCAGAAGAAUACUGGGCAAACUACGGCAAUGAAGACUCCUCCAUCCGCUGCUUUGAACUUGAGUGCCCACCAGGCUAUGACUCCCCUUACCCUUCCUCCUCCUCCUUAUCCCUUACACCAUCCUUCCUCCAUCUCCUCUCCCUCUCAGUGGUAAUAUUCUCCCUCCAUCUCCUUUUUGGCUGAACUCCCCUUUCCUCCACAAUAUUUUUUCUCCUCUAAUUUUUCCACUGCUCUUUUCAAUUCUAACAGAAACCUUGAUUUCUUCAAGACCUUCUUAAAGUGCAGGGGGUGCUACAGUGAUGCAGGAGGUAGACAAGGAAGCAGAGGGCUCUUCAGUUAGACAAUGUGCAGAGCAGUUUAGGAUUUCAGUCAUGAAGUAGCUGCUGCUCACCAGCACAUGCUUUAUAAUGAGCAACAUUAGCAUUGUGAUCCAGAGUAACAGUAACAGAGCAAGGGCACAAACCUGCAAUACCAUUAGCCUGUACCACAACCAAGAUGCAACAUGCAGUUGGUUGGCGUGGUCUUUGGAUGUUUUUUAAUAUCACAGCUGUUGGGAGGCAGCAAACAACGCAGGCGUUGUUACUCAUUGUCUACAGGUAUUUUCUAUUUCAGCUAGCGUUCACCAUCCAACCACUAUCAACACAACUUCAGCAUUUAGCAUACAAGGCUGAAAUAUAGAAAUGCAUCUGAAAGUAGAAAAAUUAUGGUAAGAUCGAGGGUUGAGCAGCCAUGAGUGAGUCUCAUUCUCCUACAGAUUCAACAUUUUGCAUGAUCCCACAAAAACAACAUCUCUACCCACACAUGUACAUAUCACAUAGUCACUGUACAUACAUACAUACAUACAUACAUACAUCGCACGCUGUAUUUUGGUCUUUUUAGAUUUUUACUUUUCAUUUAGUACCAUUUAGUAAACAACAGCUUGUGGUGGUAGAAGAGACAAGAAGAAUAGACUAGGCAAACAAUGGGAAUUUGGCCGUACCUUGUUGACCCUCAUGUUUUUCAGUCUUGUCAUCUCCUCAUUGACAACCUCAAAGCCGACAGAUUAAAUGGAAACUAAAAAUGAUCAUUAACAUAUCUGAGGUACCUGUCUACAUGAGCAGGACCAGAAUGAGGCAGGAUAUGGCUUCAUAAUUUCAUCAUGUGUGUUCAAGUUUUGUUCUAUGUGUGUAUGUUUUGUUGAGGUCAACACCAGUCAAAAGGAGACCGGUUUGAUUUGGUCUCAUUUGGCUGAGUGCCUGUACAUGUCCCUCUGUGUAUUAACACAGGGGAUUGAGUCUUACAAAGCCCUCUGUUUUGUCCUAAGACUCAGGUCAUUGUCCUCUUGGCUCCUAUUACAUUACACUGAAACCUUUUCUUAGUCAGCAUCAAUAUGUGUGUGUGUGCCUCUAUGUAUGUGUGCGUGCAUAUAUGUUUUUAUUUUAGAAUGAAAGUUGCAAAAGCCUCAUAAUGAACUAAUAAAAACACCCAUAUCUGUUUCAAA